UGUGUGUGUGUGUGUGUGUGUCCUCCAGCUGUUUAUCAGACAGCAGUGGGAUCUGUUUGCUCAUCUCCAAAUAAAGAAUUGAUGUAAAUAGUAACACCAAAAAUCAGAAGAAGAUUUUCAGUCUGCAUUGUUGACUCUACCUGUUUUUCAGGAAAACUAAGACGAGCUUUAACUGUAUGGAACUGUUGAGAAGCUGCACAGGAUGCAGUAAAUUCCCCAGAUGCAUGUAUUUGGUAGUAGGCUCAGAGCAGGGUCUGUCUGUCUGUCUGUCUGUCUGUCUGUCUGUGGGGUCUGUGUUGGGCUGGCUGCUUUGAUUGACUUGGUACAUCUCGUGUUCUAUCCUCCACGCUGUGAUGGUGCGUCAUGCCCCGCCCUCCCCUAGUGCUAGGGUUGCUUACUACUUUUCUCCUGUUCUUCCUGCCUGACCCCGGGCGACUUUGGCCUGCCCUAUCCUUCGUCAUCAUCAACAUCAUCUACCUCACCUCCUGGGCGGCGCUGCACACCUCCCUCCCUGGGCCUCCGUCUACUGAUGAUUGGCUUGUGUGGCCGGCCUGGAACAAUACCACUGGAUAAUGCUGCACCUGUGAUGCACUCUUGAACUUUUACUCAUCCAACUUCUGGAAUAAUUUUUUUACUUUUUUUUUUUUUUUUCUUAUGCCCUGUGCUGUGGACUAAACAUGCUGGGCGUGUUUUGUGUACGUGCUUGCUCUGGCCUGGUCGGCCAUCGGACUGCAACUUGUGUCCGAACUCUGCGCUCGCUCUCUGGGAUCACUGUGGCUCAGAUUGAUGAAGAAGUAGCCAAACUGCUGGAGCUGAAGGCUCGGUUAGGAGGAGACGAUGGAAAACAUCAGUUUGUCCUCAAAACAGCAAAGGGAACGAGGGACUACAAUCCCAAGCAGAUGGCCAUCAGAGAGAAGGUCUUCAACACCAUCGUCAGCUGCUUUAAACGCCACGGAGCAGAGACCAUCGACACACCGGUUUUUGAGCUUAAGGAAACACUGACGGGGAAGUACGGAGAAGAUUCCAAGCUCAUCUACGACCUCAAAGACCAAGGAGGAGAGCUGCUGUCCCUCAGAUACGACCUCACCGUUCCCUUUGCCCGCUACCUGGCCAUGAACAAGAUCUCCAACAUCAAGCGCUACCACAUUGCUAAGGUCUACCGACGCGACAACCCAGCCAUGACCCGCGGACGCUACCGAGAGUUUUACCAGUGUGAUUUUGACAUUGCAGGGCAGUAUGACGGUAUGAUCCCCGACGCUGAGUGUCUGAAGAUUGUCCACGAAAUCCUCAGCGAGCUGGACCUCGGAGACUUCCGCAUUAAGGUCAACGACAGACGCAUCCUCGACGGGAUGUUUGCCGUGUGCGGUGUUCCAGACGACAAGUUCCGCACCAUCUGUUCAACGGUGGAUAAACUGGACAAGAUGCCGUGGGAGGACGUGAAGAAGGAGAUGGUGAAUGAGAAGGGCCUGUCGGAGGAGGCCGCCGACCAGAUUGGGGAGUACGUCAGCAUGCAGGGUGGGAUGGACCUCGCUGAGCGACUCCUUCAGGACCCCAAGAUGUCUCAGAGCAAGCUGGCCACCGCCGGCCUGUCGGACAUCAAGCUUCUCUUCAGCUACCUUCAGCUCUUCCAGGUCACAGACAAGGUGGUGUUUGACCUCAGUUUGGCCCGCGGUCUGGACUACUACACCGGAAUCAUUUAUGAGGCGGUGCUGACUCAGGCGGGUGUAGCCCCCGUCGCUAACGAAGCCCAAAAUGGGGCAAAUUCAGAAGAGAGCGUCAGCGUGGGCAGCGUGGCCGGAGGGGGUCGAUACGACGGCCUGGUGGGCAUGUUUGACCCCAAGGGCAGAAAAGUGCCCUGUGUGGGCGUCAGCAUCGGCAUCGAGAGAAUCUUCUCCAUCAUGGAGCAGAAGGCUGAGGCCUCAGCAGAGAAGGUGCGCACCACCGAGGUCCAGGUCAUGGUGGCAUCCGCUCAGAAGAACCUGCUCGAGGAGAGGCUCAGACUGGUAACUGAGCUGUGGAACGCUGACAUAAAGGCAGAGGUGAUGUACAAGAAGAACCCCAAACUCCUGAGUCAGCUGCAGCACUGCGAGGAGUCGGGGAUCCCCCUGGUGGCCAUACUGGGAGAACAGGAGCUGAAAGACGGAGUGGUCAAACUGCGUGUGGUGGCCACCAGAGAAGAGAUCGAUAUAUCCAGAGCUGAUCUCAUCAGUGAGAUCAGAAGGAGGACCUCUGAGGCCUAGAGCCACUGCCUUCCGUCCAGCUACAACCCCGACUGCAUUACCUGGAUCAAACACAGACGCUCUGCAGAACAUUGUACAGAAUCCCUGGUCCAGUCCUCUAUAGAGCAUGUUGGACAUGAGCACAGCACACACACCAGUCUCAUCUACAUAGCAGCCAUGUGGCCUGCUCUUACAGAGCAUGUACUCUUACACACACUAGCAGAAGGCCACAAGCUAACUGAGAGUGUGUUUAAGAUGACGACAUGCUUCCAUGAAAUGAAAUGUGCUUUGGAAUAGAUCUGAACGACACGUACUUGCUUUCAGUGUCCAUGUUGUAAAGUAGGUUCACUGUUCAACAGGUCAGAGAUGUUCAUCAAACAUGUCAAGUCUGCAAAAUGCACUACAAGGAUGAGAAUGUCUUUACUUCCUACGUGAACUAUCACAUGACCGACUGCAGUUCAACUUCCAGCUUCAGCAUUUAAUAUCAAAAAGGUCCAUUUCUACCUGUACUGAACCGUGCUGUACCGCUCAGUGUCCCAAAUAAACUCACUCUGCCAUUCAGCUCUGUCACUGCUAGAACACGAUCAGCUACAGGUCUGGCUGUCAUUCA